UUAUCCAAGUCAGAGAGUGAGUGUAGCCAGUCAUGGCGCUGCUGUAAACUAGGAAGGGACAAGCAAGGAAAACAGAAAUUUUAAUGUUAUUCAACCGGGGAAGAUACUACAAACUCCGCACUCGUUACGCGUACAUGUGCUACGACUGUGAUUAUUUCUACCAGGAAAGGACCUCGAUACUGAAUCGCACUACUGCAUUAGACUAAGAGAGCGAGUAGAUUUGUGUGUAUGAUUGCUACAAGCUACAAAGUUACUACCCAUCCGACUGGAUGGAAUCGCUGUGACCUUUUGGCGAAAACACAUUGCGAAGGACUGCUGGAGUUAAGUUUGAAGUCGUUAGGCUUUUGUGGUAUGGUUCAACCGAAGUGAGUUUUAUAUAUAAUUUUCGCUUCCAUCAGAGACUGAUCAACACGGCGAACAUGCCGGGGAAAACCAAAUACAAUUUAGUUGAUGAUGGGCAUGAUUUGCGGAUUCCUUUGCACAACGAGGAAGCAUUCCAGCAUGGGAUCAAUUUCGAAGCUAAGUAUAUUGGUAGUCUGGACGUGGCGCGACCGAAUAGCCGAGUGGAGAUAGUUGCUGCGAUGAGACGAAUACGGUAUGAAUUCAAAGUGAAGAACAUCAAGAAGAAAAAAGUGAACAUUAUUGUGUCAGUGGACGGGGUCAAGGUGGUUCUGAGGAAGAAGAAAAAGAAAAAGGAGUGGACAUGGGAUGAGAGCAAAAUGAUGGUGAUGCAAGAUCCUAUUUACAGAAUUUUCUACGUGUCUCAUGACUCCCAGGACCUGAAAAUCUUCAGUUAUAUAGCACGAGAUGGGCAAAGCAAUGUGUUCCGCUGUAAUGUCUUCAAAUCAAAGAAGAAGAGCCAGGCCAUGCGAAUUGUGCGGACUGUGGGCCAGGCCUUCGAGGUAUGCCACAAGCUGAGCCUGCAGCACACCCAGCAGAACGCCGACGGCCAGGAGGACGGCGAAAGCGAGAAGACCAGUAACGACUCAGGGGUGCCAGCUCGGCAGUUGACUGGCGCGGAGAAGACCGUUGCUGAGGAGACGGACAUCGACGCCGAGGAGGUGCCGCUGCCGGACAGCACAGUGGACGAGUUCAACCGCGGGGUCACUGACCUGGACGCAGCCAAGAAGGAGGAGGACAUCAGCAAAGACAAGAAGAUUCCCGAAGACGCCAUCAUCAUGUUGGCCACCCCAAAAAUGCUCCUGCCAUCGUCCUCUACUCAGCUGCCCGCCGGCACCCCGCUCUCAGCGCACCACCAGAUCCAGCUCCUCCAGCAGCAGGUGCAGCAGCAGCAGCAGCAGACACAAGUGGCAGUGGCCCAGGUUCACCUGUUGAAGGACCAGCUAUCAGCGGAGGCAGCGGCCCGGAUCGAGGCCCAAGCGCGGGUUCACCAGCUCCUACUCCAGAACAAAGACCUGCUGCAGCACAUCUCCCUGCUGGUGAAGCAGAUCCAGGAGCUGGAGCUCAAGCUCUCUGGACACAACUCCAUGGGCUCCCAGGAUAGCCUUCUGGAAAUCACCUUCCGCUCCAACGUGCCACCGGUGCUGUGUGACCCAACCACGCCGCGGCCAGAGGAGGUGGCCUUGCCGCCGCUUAAUGAUGGGACGCAGCUCUCUCUGCCCCUGGGCAGCCCACUAGGUAGGGAUAAUUGCCUGGUAAAGCUGGAGUGUUUCCGCUUCCUGCCGGGACCCCCCCAGCAGGAGCAGGGUCAGGGUCAGGGACCGCCACAGUCCUCCCGGGACGAGUUCCUGGGCAGCCUGGAAUUCCUGAAGUUCCGGGAGUCGGGCAUCGCCUCGGAGUACGAGUCCAACACGGACGAGAGCGAUGACCGCGACAGCUGGGGUCAGGACGAGGGGGCCCUGCGCCUCCUCAACGUUCUCAACAAGCAGGGGCCGUCCGACUGCCUCAACGACGAGAUCGCGGUCUAGCGGUCUGCCUCUAUCCCUGACCGCAGCCCCCUACCCUGCCCCCCGUCCCAGCGCCCAUUCCAAGCACCUGGUGAAUACACAUGUGAAGUGUCGGUCCCCACUUAGCCUCCACUGCUCCUCCUGCCUCGGCCCCCAUACGCAGGGCUGUCAUCCUGUACGUUGUGUAGAGCAUCUGGAUUCAACAGAAAGAUCCCACAACAUCUUUAUGAGUGUAGAGAGUAGCCAGCAGGUGGUCGUGAAGACUGAUCCCCUUAAACUCCCCUCCCCUGCUGACACCUAUUAAGAGUGUGAGCUGGGAACAAUGAAUCAGAGGUGUAAAGGGUAGCGUGUCCAGUGCAGUGCUCGGCGCAGUGCGUGUGUGCUCAUUUUACAGGUGUUUGGUUGUCAAAAGUCCUGGCACAAAUCUAGGACAUCCAG